UACUGGGCGCGCUUAGGGCGGCCGCUGCGAGCGUGGGGCGAGCGUGGACCGCGGCGCGGCGGUGCGACUCCUUCCCCGGCCCUCUUCCCCGCCCCAGGCGAGGGCACCGUGCGGCGGCGGCGGCGGCGCCGGGGCAGCGAGGCCGGAGGAGGCGGCCGUGCCCGGGCAUGGUGGUCUGGGGCAACGCGGAAGAAGCUCCACCAUGAGACGAGGUGGAUGGAGGAAGCGAGCUGAGGAUGACUGGGAAAAAUGGGGUGGGUAUAUGGCUGCCAAGGUCCAGAAAUUGGAGCAACAGUUUCGAUCAGAUGCUGCUAUACAGAAGGAUGGAGCUUCAUCUACAAUUUUUAGUGGAGUCGCCAUCUAUGUUAAUGGAUAUACAGAUCCAUCUGCUGAGGAAUUGAGAAAGCUAAUGAUGUUGCAUGGAGGCCAAUAUCAUGUGUAUUAUUCCAGAUCCAAAACAACACACAUCAUUGCCACAAAUCUUCCUAAUGCCAAACUUAAAGAGUUAAAGGGAGAAAAAGUAAUUCGACCAGAAUGGAUUGUGGAAAGCAUCAAAGCUGGACGACUCCUGUCCUACAUUCCGUAUCAGCUGUACAGCAAGCAGUCCUCCACGCAGAAAGGUCUCAACUUUAAUCCUGUGUGCAAACCUGAGGACCCUGGACCAGGUCCCAGCAGCAUCACCAAACAGCUCAACGACAGGGUAAAUCACAUAAUUAAGAAGAUUGAGACGGAAAAUGAAGUCAAAGUCAAUGGAGUGAACAGUUGGAAUGAAGAAGAUGCAGAUAAUGACUUGGGUUUUGUGGAGCCGGAGCCCUUCUUCCCAGGAAGGAAACAGAACGGAAUUCCGCAUCCCAGAGAUGGCAGUGCUGUUUGUAACGGACACACUCAUAGCUCUAACGGUGCCUUAAAGACACAGGACUGCUUGGUGCCCAGGGGCAGCGGUGUUGCCAGCAGGCUGUCCCCCGACCCUGCCCACGAGGAGGAAGUAGCCGAGAGGAGCGGCGGCGGCUUCAGAGACUGCGCUGUGCAGCAGUCCCAGCAAAGCACCAGAAGCACAGAUGCUCUGCGGAAUCCACACAGAACUAAUUCCUUCUCCCUGUCACCUUUGCACAGCAACACUCGAGUCAAUGGUGCUCACCACUCCACUGUUCAGGGGCCUUCAAGCACAAAGAGCACUUCUUCAGUCCCUUCACCGAGCAAGGCGGCACCCUCUGUGCCACCCAGACCUUGCAGCUUCAUCUCGGACUUCUACUCUCGCUCGAGACUGCACCACAUUUCCACGUGGAAGUGCGAAUUGACUGAGUUUGUCAGUACCCUGCAGAGACAAAGUAGUGGUAUCUUUCCAGGAAGGGAAAAGUUAAAAAAAAUGAAAGCAGGCAGGUCUGCAUUUGUUGUAACUGACCCAGGAAAUAUGUCAGUAUUGAGUUCACCCAGACAUCAGAGCUGUAUAAUGCAUGUUGAUAUGGAUUGCUUCUUUGUAUCAGUGGGUAUACGAAAUAGACCAGAUCUCAAAGGAAGGCCGGUGGCUGUCACAAGUAACAGAGGCACUGGGAGGGCACCUCUGCGCCCUGGCGCUAACCCCCAGUUGGAGUGGCAGUGGUACCAGAAUAAAAUCCUGACAGGCAAAGCAGCAGAAAUACCAGAUUCAUCAACGUGGGAGAAUCAAGAUUCCGCACAAACAAAUGGAAUUGAUUCUGUUUUGUCAAAGGCUGAAAUCGCAUCUUGUAGUUAUGAAGCCAGACAAGUUGGCAUUAGGAAUGGAAUGUUUUUCGGGCAAGCGAAACAACUUUGUCCCAAUCUUCAGGCUGUCCCCUAUGAUUUUCACGCGUAUAAGGAAGUUGCACGAACAAUGUAUGAGACACUGGCCAGCUACACACAUAGCAUCGAAGCUGUCAGCUGUGAUGAAGCUCUGGUAGACAUCACUGAAAUCCUCGCAGAGACCAGACUCACUCCUGACGAAUUUGCAAAUGCUGUCCGCAUGGAAAUCAAAGACCAGACUAAAUGCGCUGCCUCUGUGGGAAUCGGUUCUAAUAUUCUCCUGGCUAGAAUGGCAACUAGGAAAGCAAAACCAGAUGGCCAGUACCACUUAAAACCAGAAGAAGUAGAUGAUUUUAUCAGAGGUCAGCUAGUUACUAAUCUACCAGGAGUUGGACGCUCAAUGGAAUCCAAGUUGACAUCUUUGGGAAUUAGAACUUGCGGAGACUUGCAAUAUAUGACCAUGGCAAAACUCCAAAAAGAAUUUGGUCCCAAAACAGGUCAGAUGCUUUAUAGGUUCUGCCGUGGUUUGGACGAUAGACCAGUUCGAACUGAAAAGGAAAGAAAAUCUGUUUCAGCUGAGAUCAACUAUGGAAUAAGGUUUACCCAGCCAAAAGAAGCGGAAGCUUUUCUUCUGAGUCUUUCAGAAGAAAUCCAACGGCGACUUGAAGCUGCUGGCGUGAAGGGUAAACGCCUGACUCUCAAAAUCAUGGUACGAAAGCCGGGGGCCCCUGUAGAAACUGCAAAAUUUGGAGGCCAUGGAAUUUGUGAUAACAUCACCAGGACUGUGACUCUUGACCAGGCAACGGAUAGAGCAAAAGUAAUUGCAAAGGCUACACUAAACAUGUUCCAUACGAUGAAACUCAACAUAUCGGAUAUGAGAGGGGUCGGGAUUCACGUGAAUCAGUUGGUUCCGACUAACCCAAACCCUUCUGCGUGUCCCAGUCGCCCGGCAGUUCAGGCAAGCCACUGUCCUGGUGGGCCACACUCUGUCCUUGACCUCCUCCAAGUUCAGAAAGCUAAGAAGCCCACAGAAGAGCACAAGGAAGUAUUUCUGGCUGCUAUGGAUCUGGAAAUUUCAUCUGCCUCUAGAACUUGCACUUUCUUGCCAUCUCUUUCUUCACAUCUGACAUCAAGCAUCAGUCCUGUUACUACUAGCAAAGCUGAGUCCUCAGGGAAAUGGAAUGGUCUACAUUCUCCCAUCAGUUUAAAAUCAAGACUUAACCUGAGUAUAGAGGUCCCAUCACCUUCCCAGCUGGACCGGUCUGUCUUGGAAGCGCUGCCGCCUGACCUCCGGAAGCAGGUGGAGCAGGUGUGUGCUGUGCAGCAGGGAGAGCCGCCUGGCGACAGGAGGAGAGAGCCAGCAAAUGGCGACAGCACAGGUGCUGUGCAGCAGGGAGAGCCGCCUGGCGACGGGAGGAGAGAGCCAGCAAAUGGCGACAGCACAGGAAUGUUGCCACAGCCAGUUGGGACAGUUUUGUUACAAAUACCAGAACCUCCAGAAUCUAACAGCGAUGGGGGAAUUAAUGUAAUAGCCCUUCCAGCAUUUUCACAGGUGGACCCUGAGGUGUUUGCGGCCCUUCCUGCAGAGCUUCAAAAGGAGCUGAAAGCAGCCUACGAUCAAAGACAAAGGCAAGGAGAAAGCACCCCUCACCUGCAGCAGGCCAGCACAUCCGUGCCAAAGAACCCGCUACUGCAGCUAAAACCAGCAGCAGUGAAAGAAAAGAAAAGAAACAAGAAAAAAAGCUCCAUCAGUCCCCCCAAAAAGAUUCAGAGCCCUUUGAAGAACAUGCUGCUUAACAGUCCUGCAAAAACUCUGCCAGGGGCCUGUGGCAGUCCCCAGAAGUUAAUUGAUGGGUUUCUAAAACAUGAAGGUCCUGCCUCUGAGAAACCUCUGGGAGAACUCUCUGCUUCCACUUCAGGUGUUGCUGGCCUUUCUGGUUUGCAGCCUGAGCCAUCUGGGUGUGUUAGACCCCCAGCGCCCAACCUAGCUGGAGCUGUGGAAUUCAGUGAUGUGAAGACCUUGCUCAGAGAAUGGAUAACUACCAUUUCAGAUCCAAUGGAAGAAGACAUUCUGCAAGUUGUGAAAUACUGUACUGAUCUAAUAGAGGAAAAAGAUUUGGAAAAACUGGACCUAGUUAUAAAAUACAUGAAAAGGUUGAUGCAGCAGUCGGUGGAGUCCGUUUGGAAUAUGGCAUUUGACUUUAUUCUCGACAAUGUUCAGGUGGUUUUACAACAGACUUAUGGAAGCACAUUAAAAGUUACAUGAACAUUACCAGGGAGCCUGCUGCUGUCCGCUAGCUGUGCCAUAAGUGCUUGUGAGGUAUUUGCAAAGUGCAUGAUAGUAAUGCUCUGAGUUUUAUAAUUUUAAAUUUCUUUUUAAGCCAAGUGUUUUUGUACAUUUCUUUUCAAUAAGUGCCAAAUUUGUCAGUAUUGCAUGUAAAUAACU